UAUGCUGUCCAUUUGAUAUUAGCGAUUCAAGUUCAUCCCCAAGCCACCUAUCGGAAGAAACUGUAAUAUCGGCUUAAGUGUUCGAGGAGUUAUAAUAUAUAUGAAAGUUUGUUCAAAGCAUUUUGAAGAGUCUGAUUUUCAUACACAAAGUAAGGAGCUGAGACACGCAGAUUUGUGUUUGAGACCGAGAAAAACUAACUUGAGACGCCGAAAUUUGAAAAGAAAUGCAGUCCCAACAAAAAACCUUCCUACAGGUACUCAUGAGAACAUAAAGAAGAAAGAAAGACGGAAUUUAACUAGAUAUGAUCCUGUACAACAACCAAUUUUGAAAUUUGACUGUGAAGUAAUGACACAAAAUCAAGAUGAAAAUGAACUUCAUGCUCAGGAAAUGAUUCACAGACCUGAUGAAUUGUUGGCUGCUGAAGCUCUAUGUGCUUUUAUCAAUAAGGACAAUUUGUGACAAUAUUACUACAAAUCAAAAGCUUUACAGCUUGACAGGGUUGAAUUCUUUCGAAAUGCUGA